CUGCUUUGAUGUGUGAUAGCAACUGCAGAUGCAUGAGCGGUCAGCAGAAUUGGACGCUCUCGUUGGCGACAGCUGACCAUUGAGGUAUGCAUGUCAGCGAUGCCUUGAAUUCCGGUAGUACUCGGCGGUUCGGGCUUCUGCCCCCAACGUCCAUUAUCCUUCCUGUUCGGACAUGUACAAUAGACGCACUUAGGCAGGCACCAGGUACCCGUGCACUGUCGUUUGCAGCCUUGCAGACGCGGUUAAUAAGAGUGGGGUUCGUAAGAAUGAUGCCAUACACUAUUACCAUCCGAGCUGCCUUCAACCUACCCAAAACCCCUAAACAACAUCCUACGGUUUCUUGUGCUCGGCUAUGCGAUAAAUCAAAAGGAGAGGGUGAAUAACUGUUGGUCGAUGAACAGCUUCUCUCACACAAGCCCCGCUAUGGACACUUCUCGUGGCCGAACACCUGUUGCCAUGGGUCCUGGACUCUCUGCCCGCAUGACUUGGGCUAUGGACGCUUCUCCUAUUCCAGGGCCCAUCACUUCUCUGCCCCAACACAACGAAUCAAGUACCGUCAUUGAUCUCUCGACUGCCCAGAACGAAGUACUCCGCGUAGAGUUACUCGAGUUUUUCAAGACUGUUGUUGAGAACAGCCUUACCGAACAGGUCUUUACCCACCCUUCAGACCGUGGUGGCGAUGAAACAUUGCGAAAAGCUGUGACUUCAUUUUUGAACAGCUACUUCAACCCUAUUCAUGAUGUAACAUCGAAACAAGUUGCUCUCACGGCUGGAGCUUCAGAUGCAAUCGAAAACGUAAUCCAUGCCAUCUGCGAUCCUGGUGAUUCUGUACUAAUUCCUGGACCCUACUGGAAUGGUUACAAUAUAUUGCUCGAGUCUAGAUCAGUCAAGAUUGUUGUGGCACACCCACCCACCUACACCAAUCACGAUAAUUAUCUGCUGGCAUCACUGCAAACUACGUACGACUUUUCUGCGGAUAAAUCACGCAUCAGGGCGGUCUUGCUGUGCAACCCCCAGAAUCCGACGUCUUCUUGCUAUGACAGAACCGCGAUAGUGGAAUGUAUGGAGUUUUGUCAGGAACGGAAUCUGCAUUUCAUAUCUGACGAGACACUUGCGCUCUGCUCGUUUCGAACGCCCCAAAAAAGCCCUGCGCCAUUCGUUUCUGCCUUAUCUCUGACCGAUCCCCUGUCCCCUCGAGGUGCUGUAAAGAUUGAUCCCAGUCGUGUUCAUGUGAUCUGGACCGCUAGCAAAUUGUUCGGUUGCAGUGGAUUUAGAGUUGGUUGUUUGAUAUCACAGCAUAACCCCGACUUGAUCAAUGCUGUCAGCACUCUGACGUGGGGUCAUGUGAAUGGUGUCGCGGCGCUCUAUGUUUCUUCACUGCUGAACUGGUCCAAAUUGCCCACACUCAUGGAUCUCAAUUCCGAGCGGUUGUCCAUCUGCUAUUCUCAGCUUACUAACUUCUUCAACCGUUGGGGUAUUCCUCAUAUCCCCGCAUCCCAUGGCAUUGUCGUUUUCGCGAAGUUGGCAAAAAACGCUCGCUCUGUGCAGGAAGAAAUUUAUUUUUGUCGUCGGUUGGCCGCGUACGGUGUGCGGGUGAGCCCUGGACAACUCUUCAAUGGUGUCGAAAGAGAGUAUGGUUGGGUAAGGAUGCGACUAUCAUGUUCUCCAGAAACCUUGAAGACGGCUAUCAAGCUCCUAAGUGAAUUUCUUGAAAGCGAAGGUUAUCUGCCUAUCUGAGAACCUGGCCCAGGUGAUAUUUGCGUCGCGAUUAUGAUUGACAGUUUUGGUUUCCUAUUUUCAGUAUGUUCGAAGUCAAAUUAUUGUAUGUUUCCUGCUUUAAUCAUAAAUCCACGUGGGCGGUCGGUAAAAGCAGAGUUGUAGUGAUACGUAUACCUGGGUGUGAUGGUACAGCAUGGAUUAUGCACCAAAUGAGCUACGAGUAUAGUAUAAGGACAUUCAUGUGUACGACAGGAUAUCAUUCCACUCAAUGACGGACCGAAACCUUCACAAUGUUUCAAGUACAAUACUGCACAUAUUCCUUUGCUAGACUCAUAAGAUAUGAAGAAAAGCCCCUCAAUCUAUUCUAAACAGUCGGGUAAUUCAUCUGAGUAUCUUGGUGUGUAGCUUCUAGCAGCUUUCUAGUUAUAAUCUUAUGCAUUACAUUACUCGAGAAAACCAUUCCAGCAACGCCCGAGAAAUGAAAGGUUCAUGGCUGUAGAUGAACUCGCAUUACGUUGCGGUCAUCAUUCAUUGGCAUCGGGAGGAAAACCAAAGCCGCCGUCUCAUUUUGUAAGUCCAAAUGACAGUGAUGUGAUGCCUUCUUUGACAUUCAUCCCGGGGCAUCACCAAGAGUGAACAUGAUGUUGACUUCAAGUUCACCAUCCUCCCUGUCUUGCUCUUGACAAAAGACAGAUAUCUCCUCCACAAUCCUCCGCUCCCCGAACUCUCUUUUAUGCCGAAUCAAGAGCCAGGCCACGCCUACCGAGUUGGGUGCUGCUAGUAUCGCUCGGUAAGCCUCACCCUCUGAAGACCUAUGGCUGUCGUCCCACUGAGCAUCCCAUCGAUAUCU